UCAAAAAGCACGCCGCUUUUGAUGAUCGGUUUUAUAGAAUCAAAUUGUAGUGUAAUCUAAAACCAUACUUUACCCUAAUCUUCAUUCUAUUUGUUUAGAAUGCCUUUUUAUUUUUUUAAUUGUAGUAUAUGUGGGUUAGGUUUCAUGCAGCCCCACCUGGGACAGGAUGUGGGCAGUCUCUUUUUCUGGCAAGUGUGUCUGUCUCUGUCUUGCUGCUUUCCUUUUUCUGUUUUCCAGAUGAUUGGUGAUCAAUCUAGCCAACUGCCGAUAUGAGAGUGUGCGUAGGGCUGCCCAACAGUACGGCCUUCGAGAGGGAGGGGAAAACGACGACUGGACGCUCUAUUGGACUGACUACUCGGUGUCACUGGAGCGGGUGAUGGAAAUGAAAAGCUACCAGAAAAUCAAUCACUUCCCAGGGAUGAGUGAAAUCUGCCGCAAGGACUUGCUGGCCAGGAAUAUGAACCGCAUGUUAAAGAUGUUCCCUAAAGAUUUCCACUUCUUCCCUAGGACCUGGUGUCUUCCUGCUGACUGGGGAGAUUUGCAAAACUACAGCAGGUCAAGAAAAAAUAAGACAUACAUUUGUAAGCCGGAUUCGGGCUGCCAAGGGAGAGGUAUAUUCAUCACCCGGACGGUGAAAGAAAUCAAACCAGGGGAGGACAUGAUCUGUCAGCUCUAUAUUUCAAAGCCCUUUAUCAUCGAUGGGUUCAAGUUUGACCUACGGGUUUAUGUGCUGAUGACAUCCUGUGACCCUCUCAGGAUUUUUGCAUACAAGGAAGGACUGGUCCGCUUUGCCACAACCUCUUACUCCCACCCUUGCACAGACAACCUGGAUGAUAUCUGCAUGCACCUGACUAAUUAUUCCAUUAAUAAGCACAGUUCCAAUUUCAUUCGAGAUGCUCACUCUGGCAGCAAGAGGAAGCUCUCCACCUUCAACAUGUACAUGGAGAGCCAUGGCUACAAUGUGGAGCAGAUAUGGAGAGAUAUCGAGGAUGUCAUCAUCAAGACCAUCAUCUCGGCCCAUCCCAUCGUCAAGCACAACUACCACACCUGCUUCCCCAGCCACACGCUCAACAGUGCCUGCUUUGAAAUCCUGGGCUUUGACAUUUUGUUGGACCACAAACUCAAGCCCUGGCUGUUGGAGGUCAACCACUCUCCCAGCUUCGCCACCGACUUCUGGUUAGAUAAAGAGGUGAAGGACAGUCUGCUGUAUGAUACCUUGGUUCUGAUCAACCUGGGAAGCUGUGACAAGAAGAAAGUCUUGGAGGAGGAGAGGCAACGGGGGCGGUUCCUGCAGCAAUGUCAUUCUCGGGAGACCAGGAUGGAGGAAGUCAAGGGUUUUCAGGCCAUGCGUCUAGAGAAAACUGAGAAGUAUGAGAAGGAAAAUUGUGGAGGGUUCCACCUGAUUUAUCCCAAUCUGAAUUUGGAAAAGUAUGAGAAGUUUUUCCAGGACAACAAUUCCCUCUUCCAGAAUACAGUUACCUCCAGGGCCCGGGAGACGUAUGCCCGGCAACUGAUCCAGGAGCUGAGACUAAAACAGGAGAAAAAAUCCUUCCAAACUAAAGAGAAGAAGGUAGAGAUGCAGGGGGAAUCGGCAGGCGAGCAAGCAAGAGGCAAGAGCUCGAAGAGCUGGCAACAGACACAACGGCAGAAAUACAAGGCAGCUACCACCCACGCCUCCAAACAACACCUUCAGCCAUUGACAUUAGUGUCCCGCACACCUGACUUACUCUUGAGUGUCAGAGAUGCAAAGAAAAAUGAGACAGACAGCAGCCUCGACCAGGAGAUCCCCAAGGAAGAUGGCCCUGCUCCGCCUAAGCUUCCAUCUGCGAGGCAUUACUGCUCUGUACCCGACCUGAGGAAUUCAAGCCUUCUCUGCUGCUCCAGGCAGGAGCUCAGUAAACUCAUCUCCAGAAUCAAGGCAGUCACGUCUGCCUCUGCAGUGAACAUAUUCACUGGCACGCUGCCCUUGAGUUCAGUAGAAACCUCUCCAGAAUCCACCACUCAGGUCUCAGACUGCCCUGAGUCUCUACUGAGCAUGACCAUGACAACCAGCUUUGAAUGUAGUAGCCCAGAUCUGAACAGGAUUGGCUCCUCUAAAUGCAAGCAGCAGCAGAAUGCCCAGCACCUCAUCCAGGAGAAAAUAUCAAAAAUUUCUCUGCCUAUAAAAUCCCAGCACUUCUUGGGGAAUCUGAACCCACGCUUGACUUCACUAAAGAAUAACAUGAAGAGACAGCAUCUGCUAUCAGAGAUAGUCACCAAAAUUCGACUGAGGGAGAAGUCCUCCUUAUUCCCACAUACCUGCAACCCGAAGCUGGUGUUGAGUAACCAGUCACAAAACUCCUCCCUGCCCAGCAGCCGAAGCUCUGGUGAGAAGAGGCCACUGGAUGUGUCCCCCCUCCUCCACUUGCAGAGUUCUCACAGCCAUGAUGUUUCUCUGAGGGAUCUGCUGGUGGUUGCCACUCCAGCCCGACUGGAUCCGAGGCCUGGCAGAAGCUAUCCAGGUGCCAUGAGGGACCUGUGUAUACAGGAUCAGGAAGCAUAAAGUCACUGCCUAAUCUCUGGCCAAAAAGGAUGUGAGAGGCAGUAGAAUCAGACGGGAUCUCUGCCUUUUUUUCCCUUUCUACUCUUCUUCCAAUGUCUACAGUGCCCAUAGAAUCAACUGAAAGUUUUAUUUUCUCAUCUAGAUGUCCUGAUCUUAUAGUUUUCUCCUAUUAACACCAACGAGGCUGACAGCCUUGCCUUUUGUGUCCUCCCAGUUAGCUUCCAGUGUGGUAGGACCAUGACUUUUGGGAGUUACUGGUGCUGCUCCAGGAUACACCCUAGUUGCCCCAAGUAGUGGCAUUCCUCUGGGUUCCUCACAUGACACCGUCAUCUAGAACACUCCCCCAGAUAGAGCAGUGCGAGGGGAGGAGUGUUUCAGAGAAGGACUCACAAGUUCUAGGAAUCCAAAGUCCUCAGUCCACCACUAGGCUGAUGUCAGUUGGUCUUCAACCACAAAGAGAAAAGGCAGAGAAAGGGCUAAGAAUGGUGGAGAACUCAGAGCCCUGAGGAAGGGAAUUGGGGCCGUUGUAACCACCAGGUGAAGACCAGACCUCCUUCCAUCCCAGCCACCUCUGUGCCCAAACAUCUUCCUGCUACCGCCCUUACCAGCCCAACUCAGCCCUCUCAGGGAAGACAGAGCUGAGGCAAGAGUACCCAGCCUGCAGGUGUUUCUUCCAUCGACAUGCAGAAAUGAUGCAAUUUUCUCUCAAGUGUACAUUGGUAAAAUAAAUUGCCAUACUUGAUGCCAGAACAAGGAGCCUGGUCCAGAGUGAAAAUGGGGAGGGGAGGUGGGAGAGAGAGUCCUCCUGAGCACUCCUCAUUAAGAAAGCUCCAAAUCCACUGAAAAUGUGUCGGGGCAUUUGAAGACUUUCUUUGGAUGAAUAUUCUACAGUGAACCCUGGCCACC